AUGCCGGACAAACCAUCAGAACAAUCUGUUAGUAAUCCCGUGUCCAGUCCAAAAGCUGGUUAUGGCAAUAGCUGUAGAGAGUCAGUCGACAAAUUCGAUAAUACAAGGUUACCGGAAGUUCACCAGAAGUUACCAUCAGAUGAUGGCUCCCUCGAGAGUAAAAGGUGCAGCGCUUUCCCAAUUGAGAAAAUAUGCGGUGAGAAGGUGGAAUAUUCUGUGGAGGUAGUUGGAGGGCAUCUUUUUUUAACGAAUUAUCGAAUCGUUAUGACGGGGAAUAACCGGCGCGGAAUUGCUUCUAUUCCUGUUGUAGGAGUGGAGUCAGUUGAAGCUAGAGAAGCCUGUGGCCUGCAAAUCACUUGCAAAUUUGGGCGCGUUUAUAAGUAUGCUGAUUUAUCAAUACAGUAUAGCGUCUCUCGUUUUCUCCUUCUUCUGGCUGGGCCGAUCUUGCGCUGUUUAAGGGUUACUGUUUUGAAUAGCGAACGUGCGUGUGAAUGUUACAAGAGGCUCUCACAGAAGACAGUGUCGUCUAGGAAGAUGUGUGAGAUUUUUGCUUGGGAAUUCGCGAAAUGCGCGAAGAAGGACUGGGAGAAAACACGGCUCAACCGCGAAGAGUCUUUUGGUGAUUCAGAAUGCUCUGUAAAGGAAGAAUUCAAUCGACUUGGUUAUGAUGAGGAGAGAUGGAGAAUUUCGACGGCCAAUAACAAGUUUUGCAUUUGUGAUACCUACCCACAAUAUUUGAUUGUGCCAAAAAGGGUUACCGAUGAGGAUCUUCGGUUAAGUGCUGAGGCUCGUACUUUAUCUCGUUUUCCGGUUGCUGUUUGGUAUUGUCGAGAAAAAGGUACUGUGAUGAUGAGGAGUAGUCAACCUCGUGUCGGUUUUUUCUCUUACAGAUACGAGAAGGAUGAGCUUUUGAUCGAGCACUUUUAUUUGGGUUUGUCUAUGUUUGUAUUUAUAUAUUCGUUUUUUAACUUGAUUGGUACCUUUUCAGUUCCUCCAGCUACUCUUCUUAUUAUCGAUGCUAGGUCUUAUACUGCAGCUUUGGGUAAUCGUGCAAAAGGAGGUGGUGUGGAAUUACCCGAUUAUUACAAGCAAACAGAAGUAGAACAUAUGUCUUUGCCAAACAUUCACAACAUUAGAUAUUCUUUUCAUCAACUGCGAGCAGUGCUUCAUAGUAAAUGCGAUUUACAGUUCCAUAUGGCAUUACAAAACACUAAUUGGUUUCCCUACUUAUACUCGUUAAUAGAAAGUGCAUUUCGUUGUGUUCAUGCCCUUUGCGAUGAGGGCAGAUCGGUUUUGGUUCACUGUUCGGACGGAUGGGACCGGACGACGCAGAUAACUACUUUAGCGAAAAUUAUUGCGGACCCGUAUUAUCGAACAUUUGAUGGCUUCCGCUACCUUAUUCAACGUGAUUGGAUUGAUUUCGGACAUAAAUUCAAAGAUCGAUUAGGUAUUCUAAACAAAGAUCCCAAUGAAGUCUCUCCAGUGUUCAUUCAAUGGCUGGAUUGUGUUUAUCAACUUUUACGGCAAAAUCUUUCUGCGUUCGAGUUCUCAACUUUUUUUUUGACACACUUGGCUUUGCACGCUUAUUCGGGAAUGUUUGGUACUUUUUUGUGGAAUAGCCUCUCUGAUAGAAAGAAAAGCUUAAGUGCUUCUAACGAUAACGAGGAGACGUUGUCCGCGUGGUCUCAUUUUUACAAAGGCAAUGCUAGUUAUGUAAAUUUUAUGUAUAAGUUUGGUUCGUGCUGCCAGUUACCACCACUUAAUGGUCUAGUUGACAUGGUUUUAUGGAAGGAACUGUAUUUGUGCUCUCGAUCAGAGCAGAUUAUUAAUGAUCCCGACAGCAAAGGUGCAGGAAGUCCAGUUUUUGAUGGAACGCGAAGUAGUCUUUAUCGAUCGCAUUCAGCAGAAAAUGUUUCUAACACUGAUGGUUUAAGUUAUGCUUCUGGCUCAGGAGUUGUUGAUAAAAGUCAAGGAUGCAUAUCGGGAAUUUCUGAGGCUUUGGAGCAGGGUUCGUCCAAGUCUGGCCAUGACAGUCAGGGGCGUAGUACACAGCAGUACCUCGAAGACCCACUUUCUAAAUUAGUUGAAACUAGUGGAGUCCCGAAGGUUGAUGACGAUAGAGAGGAUAUUCGAUUGUACAUAGAGAAUCAUCGUAAAAAGGUAAUUCUAUUAUUACUUUUUAAGUCUUAUCAGUAACU